GGAUUUAUUGAUAUUGAAACACCCAUUUUAGCCCAAAGUUCUCCCGAAGGUGCUAAUUGUUUUGUGGUUCCCUCUAAUUUAACAAAUCGCCACUACACUUUGCCCCAGUCCGCCCAAAUAUUUAAGCAGUUAUUAAUGGUGAGCGGUUUUGAUAAGUAUUACCAAAUCGCUAAAAGUUUCCGGAAUGAGGAUGCUCGUAGUAAUCGGCAAAUCGAGUUUUCCCAAUUAGAGUUGGAAAUGAGUUUUAUUACUUCCCAACAAAUUAAGUUAUUUAUUGAAAAAUUUUUAAAAAGUGUUUUAAAAAAAGUUUUUGGUUAUCAAAUAAAAACUCGCUUUCCUACUUUGACUUACCAACAAUACAAUCAGGAAACUAAAAAAUAUGAGCCUUUUCGCCAUCCUUUCACCACCCCGCAAAAAAAGUAUAUUGAACCUUUAUUAAGUAACAAAAUCAAGCCAGAAAAAAUAAUCUAUGAGGCUUUUGACUUAGUUUGUAAUGGCGAAGAAUUAUUAAGUGGCACCCAAGCAAUUUUACAAAAAUCCAGAAAAAACAUUACUGAACGAGUAAAAAAAGAUAUAAAAAUAAUUCAAGAGCAGAUAAAAAGUUUCAAAUCCGGGGCUAAUUCUUAUCUAACCAGUUUUUAUCAGAAUGAUAAGUCCAAAAUUGAAAAAUUAGAAAAAGAUUUAGAAAACAUUUCUACUUCAAACACUACUCAAUCACCAAAAUCAGGUUUCUUCCGUCCUAGGGUAAUGGUUCCCUUGGCUUUGGCUUUAGUAUUAGUGACUACACUUGCGAUAGUAAAUGCUUUUGUGGUUGAAUUAUUAGAGAAAAAGAAAAAAAUAUUAUUAGGAAAAACUGUGCUCGAUGAGUUUGCUUGUGGUGGUACGGGACUUUACGCCGCUACGGGACCACUUUUUAACCCUUAUAAUUCUUCUGGCAUAGUGGGUGGUUCUUCUUCGGUUCCUUUUGCUUUGGGUCAUGAUACUGGGGAUUCUAUUCGCCGUCCCGCUUCCUAUUGUGGAAUAGUGGGAUUUAAACCUUCUUAUGGUUUACUUUCGCGGGCCGGUGUCAUUCCCAUGGCUUCUUCUUUGGAUACGGUUGGAAUUCUGGCCCGAAAAACACAAAUUAUUAAGUCGGUGUUGGCUAUUAUUUCCCAAAAAGAUCCGCACGACCUCCUAACCGAAGCACGCAGAAAUAACACAUUGUCUUCCAAAAAUAAGAAAGUAGCGGUUGUAAGCGGAAUAGAAAAAUAUUUGCCAACUGAACUAA